GCUAAGACCACGAAGAAGAUUGUGCUGAGGCUGGAGUGUGUAGAGCCCAACUGCAGGUCCAAGAGGAUGCUGGCCAUUAAGAGGUGCAAGCACUUUGAACUGGGAGGAGACAAGAAGAGAAAGGGCCAGGUGAUCCAGUUCUAA